AUGGACGUGGACGACGACAAGAUCACGCACGGUCUCGCCGCCAAAUGGGCGCACGUCCGCUGGUUCGACCCGUACAAGCCCGACCCACUGGCCGAGCUAUCCCGCCUUCGCAAUCCGCCCAAAGGCCGAGGCUGCCUCUACCCCGGCGCCACCUUCAACGGCACCCAAAAAUCUGGCCGAAACUCAUACGACGUCACGGUCCGCAUUGUCAACGUCGACCUCGAAGCCUCGCAUCUCUGCGGCUACCUCAACAUCCGCGGUCUCACGGAAGACUGGCCUGAGCUGACGACCUAUUUCGACGCAGAAAUCAUUGGCGAUCGGUACGGUUUCGUCACGGGCAAAUGGGGCGCUACGGAAGCGGACGAUCUCAAGCACUGGGCGCGUUUCCCUCCUUUCCGACCCUUACGCUCGGCACUCUCCAAACCUGGUCUGCGGUUCAACCACUUGAACAAGCCAUUCGUGUUCAUGCGGUGGAAGGAGAAGUUUCUCGUUCCGGAUCACAGGGUUCGGGACAUCAACGGGGCGAGUUUUGCCGGGUUCUACUACGUUUGCGUCGAACUGGGCGAGUCAGCUGGCAUCCAUCGGAGCGACGAUUCCUCACCGGAUACAUCUCCAACGCUAUCCAGUCCAACGCUGGCACCGGCGGUAUCCGGACCGCAGUGGUAUGCAGCGCGCACGCAGCGUCGACGCGAACUCUCCCUCUCGUCACCCUCCGGAUCGACACCAUACCAUCCGAUCUACCACCCGCACUCGCCGUUACCCCCCAGCGGACCAGGCUUCUGGCCUGCAAGCCCCACCAUCCCGCUCAGCUCCGCCGGCACCGAGGAUCCCUUCGCGUCCAUGUGGCCGGCGGAUGCCGAGAUGACCGACGACCUCGGCGCUGCAGGCAAGAUGUCUGGGUUUUACUUUCAUGAGAACAGCGAACCGUAUCAGCAGUUGAGUCUGAGACAUACUGCCGAAUGGUCCAGUAGCAGCUUCGAGAUGCGCUAA